GACACCGCACGAGCCUCGCCUGUGACAGCGCCCCGGGUCCGGUCGAGGGCAGCGGGGGGAGGAGAGAAGGAGGAGGAGAAGGAGGAGGAGGCGGGAGCAGCAUCCGGAGCCGAGCUGCAGCAGCGCCGCCUUUUGUGCUGCGGCCGCGGAGCCCCUGAGGGCCCACCGCUCACCACCACCCCCAGGCCCAGAGGCCAUGGCCUGCCUCCACGAGACCCGCACGCCCUCCCCUUCCUUCGGGGGUUUCGUGUCCACCCUAAGCGAGGCAUCGAUGCGCAAGCUCGACCCAGACACUUCCGACUGCACCCCAGAGAAGGACCUGACGCCUACCCAGUGUGUACUUCGAGAUGUGGUGCCGCUCAGUGGGCAGGGUGGGGGCGGACCCAGCCCCUCCCCAGGUGGAGAGCCGCCCCCUGAGCCUUUUGCCAAUAGUGUCCUGCAGCUGCACGAGCAGGAUGCAGGGGGCCCCGGGGGAGCCACGGGGUCGCCUGAGAGUCGCGCGUCCCGCGCUCGAGCAGAUGAGGUGCGGCUGCAGUGUCAGAGCGGCAGCGGCUUCCUGGAAGGGCUCUUCGGCUGCCUGCGCCCCGUCUGGACCAUGAUCGGCAAAGCCUACUCCACGGAGCACAAGCAGCAGCAGGAAGACCUUUGGGAGGUCCCCUUUGAGGAGAUCCUGGACCUGCAGUGGGUGGGCUCAGGGGCCCAGGGCGCCGUCUUCCUGGGGCGCUUCCACGGGGAGGAGGUGGCUGUGAAGAAGGUACGGGACCUGAAGGAGACCGACAUCAAGCACCUGCGGAAGCUGAAGCACCCCAACAUCAUCACCUUCAAGGGCGUGUGCACCCAGGCUCCCUGCUACUGCAUCCUCAUGGAGUUCUGCGCCCAGGGCCAGCUGUAUGAGGUACUGCGGGCUGGCCGCCCUGUCACCCCCUCAUUGCUGGUUGACUGGUCCAUGGGCAUCGCCGGUGGCAUGAACUACCUGCACCUGCACAAGAUUAUCCAUAGAGACCUCAAGUCCCCCAACAUGCUAAUCACGUACGACGAUGUGGUGAAGAUCUCCGAUUUUGGCACUUCCAAGGAGCUGAGUGACAAGAGCACCAAGAUGUCCUUUGCAGGGACGGUAGCCUGGAUGGCCCCUGAAGUGAUCCGCAACGAGCCCGUGUCCGAGAAGGUCGACAUCUGGUCUUUUGGUGUGGUGCUAUGGGAACUGCUGACUGGUGAGAUCCCCUACAAAGACGUAGACUCCUCAGCCAUCAUCUGGGGUGUGGGAAGCAACAGUCUCCAUCUGCCUGUGCCCUCUAGCUGCCCAGACGGCUUCAAAAUCCUGCUUCGCCAGUGUUGGAACAGCAAACCAAGAAAUCGUCCGUCGUUCCGCCAGAUCCUGCUGCACCUGGACAUCGCCUCAGCCGACGUCCUCUCCACGCCCCAGGAGACUUACUUUAAGUCCCAGGCAGAGUGGCGUGAAGAGGUAAAGCUGCACUUUGAAAAAAUUAAGUCAGAAGGGACCUGUCUGCACCGCCUGGAAGAGGAGCUGGUGAUGCGGAGGAGGGAGGAGCUCCGACACGCCUUGGACAUCAGGGAGCACUAUGAACGGAAGCUGGAGAGAGCCAACAACUUGUACAUGGAACUUAAUGCCCUCAUGUUGCAGCUGGAGCUCAAGGAGCGGGAGCUGCUCAGGAGGGAACAAGCUUUAGAGCGGAGAUGCCCAGGUCUGCUGAAGUCACACCCUUCCCGAGGCCUCCUGCAUGGGAACACAAUGGAGAAGCUCAUCAAGAAGAGGAAUGUCCCACAGAAACUGUCACCCCACAGUAAAAGGCCAGAUAUCCUCAAGACUGAAUCUUUGCUACCUAAACUUGAUGCUGCCCUGAGUGGGGUGGGGCUUCCGGGGUGUCCUAAGGGCCCCCCCUCACCGGGACGGAGUCGUCGUGGCAAGACUCGUCACCGCAAGGCCAGCGCCAAGGGCAGCUGUGGAGACCUGCCUGGGCUUCGUGCAGCUUUGCCACCCCAUGAACCUGGGGGACCAGGAAGCCCAGGGGGGCUAGGAGGGGGACCCUCAGCCUGGGAGGCCUGCCCUCCAGCCCUGCGUGGGCUCCACCAUGACCUCCUGCUCCGAAAGAUGUCGUCGUCGUCCCCGGAUCUGCUGUCAGCAGCACUGGGAGCCCGGGGCCGCGGGGCCACAGGGGGAGCUGGGGAUCCUGGCUCACCGCCUCCAGCCCGGGGAGACACCCCGCCAAGUGAGGGCUCAGCACCUGGCUCCACCAGCCCAGAUUCACCUGGGGGAGCCAAAGGGGAGCCACCUCCACCAGUAGGGCCUGGUGACGUUGUGGGGCUGCUGGGAACUGGAAGGGAAGGGACGGCGGGACGGGGAGGAAGCCGGGCUGGGUCCCAGCACUUGACCCCAGCUGCAUUGCUGUACAGGGCUGCUGUCACCAGGAGCCAGAAACGUGGCAUCUCAUCAGAGGAAGAGGAAGGCGAGGUGGACAGUGAGGUAGAGCUGCCCUCAAGCCAGAGGUGGCCUCAAGGCCUGAACAUGCGCCCGUCACUGUCCACCUUCAGCUCAGAGAAUCCAUCUGACGGGGAGGAAGGCACAGCCAGUGAGCCCUCCCCCAGUGGCACACCUGAAGUUGGCAGUACCAACACCGACGAGCGGCCAGAUGAGCGGUCUGAUGACAUGUGUUCCCAGGGCUCAGAAAUCCCAUUGGACCCACCUGCAUCUGAGGUGGUUCCUGGCCCCGAACCCAGCUCCCAACCCAUCCCCCACCAGGACCUACCCAGAGGGGAACAGGGCCCUCCCACUAACGAGGACUCAGACUGUGACAGCACUGAACUGGACAACUCCAACAGUGGUGAAGCCUUGCAGCCUCCAGCCUCCCUCCCUCCAUGAAAGCCACUCUUACUCCUGUACAUAGAGAAAUUAUUUAUAUAAAUAAUAUAUAAGCGCCACAUAAUCAACAGAGAAAGAUGGGGCUGUCCCAGCCUUAAGUCAGGCUCAAGGGAGUCUGACCCCUGACCAAUUCACCUGGUAAAUUCUAGGGCUACCGGCAGCUGUGGAAAUGAAGGACAAGUAUUACCCUAGAGCUGUGGGUACGGGCAAACUGGCCCCUUCCUGCUUCACCCCAUUAUGUUCCGCGAGCGGUAAGGCAAUAGAAAAGCCAGACUUGCCUCUUACGUUCCUCUAUACUCUUUUCCCCCUAACCCUGGGGAGGAGGAAAAGGAGCCACUUAGACUGCACUUUUUUGUUUUCCGUUUACUCUGUUUACACAUUUUGCACUUGGGAGGAGGGAGACGAAGGCUGGGUCCUCCCCUCUGAGGUUUCUCAGGUGGCGAUGUAACUAAUUUCUUUGUCCCUCCAUUUCUCUGCCCAAGCCCUGGCUUAGGGCCUAGGGGGAGUUUAGGAGAUUGUGAAAGCAUGUGAUGGCUCAGGCUGAAAAAAGGGGAUGAUGUUUUAAGUCCCUGCUUUUAUCCUGGCGCCUGACUGGGGUGGGGACUGUCAUAUUGUAACCCCUGUGAAAAAUCUUAAAAUAUAACCACUCCAUGCAGGCCCA